UUAAUAAAUACCCCGAGCUGCUCAUUUACGUCCGCUCUCUUACCCCAGACUAGAAGGACCCCAGUGGACUUUCAGUACCGUUUCACUCUUUGGUUAACGUCCCCCCAAAAUCGCAAACAUGACCAGAAAAUUCUUCGUUGGUGGAAACUGGAAGAUGAACGGCGACAAGAAAAGCCUCGGGGAGCUCAUCCAGACCAUGAACGGAGGCAAGGUGGACCCCAAUGUCGAGGUGGUGUGCGGCGCUCCAUCGAUCUACCUGGACUUUGUCAGGUCCAAACUGGACCCCAAGUUCGGUGUGGCCGCUCAGAACUGCUACAAAGUUCCCAAGGGUGCCUUCACUGGGGAGAUCAGCCCUGCGAUGAUCAAGGACUGCGGUGUGAACUGGGUGAUCUUGGGACAUUCCGAGAGGCGCCACGUCUUUGGAGAGAGUGAUGAGCUGAUUGGUCAGAAGACUGCUCACGCUCUGGAGAACGGCCUUGGCGUGAUCGCCUGCAUCGGCGAGAAGCUGGAUGAGAGGGAGGGAGGCAUCACUGAGAAGGUCGUCUUUGCUCAGACCAAGGUCAUCGCAGACAAUGUAAAGGACUGGAGCAAGGUCGUGCUGGCCUACGAGCCUGUGUGGGCCAUUGGCACUGGGAAAACCGCCUCCCCACAGCAGGCUCAGGAAGUUCAUGAGAAACUGAGGGAGUGGCUGAAGACCAACGUCUCUGAGGCCGUAGCCAACUCUGUGAGGAUCAUCUACGGAGGUUCUGUCACCGGUGCUACCUGCAAAGAACUUGCCUCCCAGAAGGAUGUUGAUGGUUUCCUCGUAGGCGGAGCCUCCCUGAAGCCAGAGUUCAUCGACAUCAUCAACGCUAAGGCAUAAAAUGCGGGCAGUUGCAAUGCGACUGGAUUAGAGUCCAACUCCAGACGGUCCAGUUCUUCAUCCCUCGUUCUCAGCACUUAGUCCUUUUCCCCUUUUUCAUUCAAAGCAUUUGUGUGAUGAUGUCAUUCCCUCAUUUACCUUUUUUUGGGGGGGGUGGGGGGUGUAUUUUGUCACAAAGAAAAGGGACAGGCUGACACACACUGUACUGCACUGAUAACAGUCAAGUCCACUGAGAACAGUCUGUGCAAACUAGAAACAACACCAAGUGCUCAAGCUGUAAAGACUGACGAUUACACCUUGAGGUGGACGGGCAGUCCACACUUUAAGUAAAAGUUCAUGACCUUUUUUUCUGUGUAAAACUGUGUGACAGCUCGUGUCGAUCAAAUCUGUCUUUUUACUGGCGUCUCUUUUUGUGUAAUUAUGAUUUUGUUUUUUCUGUAGCUUUUACCUCCCUCUAGUUGUGCAUGAUCCAUUCUCUCAUUGGUUGUCCGGCCAACAGUAAAGUGUCAAUUAUAUGUUCAUCACAUUGUGUGUCACAGCUGAUGGGAAUAAGGGUAGGAAAGCUGUAAGGAAACAUAAUAAAUGGUUUAGAGACUC